AAGACCAUCGCGUAAGAGGGAGCACGGCCGCUCACGCGAAUUCCAAUAUCAUUUGCAAACUCUGCUCGUCUUGGAUCGAAGAGCUCCUCACCUCAAUUGCAGCAGCCACAGGCAGCAGCGAUGGCGCUCUCCACCUCCAUGGCCGCUCUCUCGGUGGGCUCCUUCUCCGCCACCAAGCUGGUUUUACCUUCCAGCUCCGCACGCUGUGGCUUGACGUCGUCGUUCAUUCCUAGCCGCGUGGUGUCGUCCCUCUCUUCGUCCCAUUUCGCAGGAGUUGCCUUGAGACCCACCACAUUCGGACUCCCAAUGGUGAAGAGAGGAGUCUCUCUGGUUGUGAGGGCCGGCAGCCCCUGCCUGGGAUGCACCAAGCGCUCGAGGUCUCGCAAAUCUAUCGCGCGCGUGUCUGGCUUCCGUGCUCGCAUUUCCAGCCCAACCGGCAGGAAUGUGUUGAAGAGGAGACGCGCGAAGGGCCGCAAGAACCUUGUCCCCAAGUCCAACCCUAAGAGUGGCAAAUACGCUUAAGUACUGGCAUAGUAUCAGUCGAUGUCUUCCCAGAAUGGUGACUUAGCUAGGCUUUCUUAUAAUUAGCAUAGGCCCUUCUUUUAUUUGACACCAUGUGAUACACCCACGUAACGUUGCUGUUGCGCAUGUUUCUUAUUCUCCCGGCUGCGUGCCUCACAACACUUACAAUUUCCAAGUUCUCACAUUUUCCGAGAUCUCUGCCC